AUGUCAAAUAUUAACUCUUCUUCCCAGAAACGAGGCCCACCUACCUCCAUUUCUGUUCCUCGCAAGGAUAUUACGAAGCCUUUGACUCGUAAUGGAACGUUUAAGCAUGUCGUCGCUGACCCCGAAGCAGAUUUUCUUCAUAAGAAGAAAAUAGCUACUGCCACGGCUCGCCGCUUAGCUGGCUCUCCUGACUCACCUGAUUCAUCAUCAAUCACCUUUGUCUCUUCAGGUACCAUCCCCAAUGGUCAAAAACCUGCUUCUUCUCAAGCAUCUUCUGCUGUUCCUUCUGCUACCAUCACUGAACUCGAUGAUAGCUUAAUCAUGUCCUCUCUGGAUUCGUCCCUCCCUCCCGUAUCACCUAAUAUAGCUGGUGAAACAUUAGCAUUCAGCAUCCCUGAAUUUGCCCUGGAUCUGCAGCAACAGCUCAGAAAACAAGCUCGUCGUUUGGAUGAGUAUGAAACUCGUCUCUCUGCAAUUGAUCAGAUUUUACAAGAAAAUCUUCAAUUGAAGACCAACAAUCAU